GGUCAGCUCAGCUUUAUUGUCCCUGCCCUCCCUCCACCCCCUCCUCAGCUACCAAAGCCCCCGCACCGCCGGUUCGAGUCCUCAGCUGCUGCCGGUGGUCGCUGGUGUAUGAUCGGCCGUCUGUUCGGUGCUGUGUCUCAGAGGCUGCCGAGCUUGUUCUCCCCGGUGUCGCUUGUGAUGAAGCCGAAGGUUGUGUUCGUGCUGGGCGGGCCUGGCGCCGGCAAAGGGACCCAGUGCUCCAACAUCGUGGAGAACUACAGCUACACUCAUUUGUCGGCUGGGGACCUGCUGAGAGCAGAGCGAGCCAGAGAGGGGUCAGAGUUUGGACAGCUCAUUGCCAACUUCAUCAAGGACGGUAAAAUCGUCCCUGUGGAGAUCACCAUCAAUUUACUCAGGAAGGCGAUGGAAGAGACUAUGCAGAAAGAUGCGAAAAAGUUCAGAUUCCUCAUCGAUGGUUUCCCCCGCAAUGAGGACAACCUCCAGGGGUGGAACACUGUCAUGGAUGGCAAAGCAGACGUCAAAUUUGUGCUUUUCUUCGACUGCGGUAACGAGGUCUGCAUUAACAGAUGUCUAGAAAGAGGGAAGAACAGUGGACGCACAGAUGACAACAGAGAAAGUCUGGAGAAAAGAAUCCAAACCUACCUACAGUCCACACGACCAAUCAUUGAACUGUAUGAGAAGCAAGGCAAGGUGCACAAAGUAGAUGCCUCUCGUUCUGUGGAUGAGGUGUUCGCUGAUGUGAAAGCCAUCCUAGACAAAGAGGAUUGAAUCUUCCCAACUGCCAACAUUCACUCACCUUUUUCUUUUUUUUCUUUUUACCAGCUGCAAGUACACUAUAGCAAGUUUAUGUCCAUUCAUAUGACUUUUUACUUUGGUUACUUUUUGUUUUCAAUGUAUUUUAUAUCUGCGGCACUCUGUGUGAGUGUGUGCUUAAUUUGUAUUGGUGUGAGUGAGAAGUUGACAUGCCUAGCCGCUAAUUGUGAUCCAUGUUCAGGGAGCUCACAGCUCAUCUUUAAUCAUAGUCUGAGGCCUUCGCUUAAGAACGAAAUGUAUCGUUAGUUUAGAGGAACACUUACAGUACGGGAGGUCUCUAUGGUAUUUGUGGUUUCCCCUCACAGAAUCAUGUCAUCGGAAGGAGCCGUACUGUUUCAGACCAAAUAGUUGUUUGAGCUCAUGACGACGAUUUCAGACUUUAUAGAGAGGUAAAUAGUCUGUCAUUCAAAUAAAAAGCAUACAUCAGUCAAACUGCUUGUAUGACGUGGAGUUAUUAGGUACUCUCCAUCUGUGUUAUAAGUGGCUCUUAAUAUUUUAGAACCCGAUGUGCUUCUUCAGAGCCAUGAAUCCUGGCUCAUCAUUUAGAGAAAACAGCCAGGUCAAAAUACAUAUUCUAUCAAAUCUGUACUGUAUCUUCUUGAAGGAGGGAUGAUAAAUCUCAAAAGUGAAAA